GUGACAUCAAACGGUAAGACGAACAGUCAUCGUCGCGUCAAUGAGUGGCCUAACAACGCCAGGAAGUUCGACAGUGCCUAUAAUCACGCGUAUACCCAUGUCCCCUUGCACAUCGUCGUCAACAUGUGCGAGACUCUUCGCCGUGUAUUUGGCGAUGGAACGCGCAAAUGACGUCUGGAUCGCGAGCUCAUGCGUGCGGGAGGGAGGUCUACAUACCGUUCGAUGGACCGCACUACUCUCAUAUGCACCUGGUCGUCAAACACCCAGCUCGGCUGCAGCUUGAUACGGCCCUUGCGUGCGCCCCGCUAGUAAAUGCUGACCUUCCCGGACCUUCCCGACACUCGUUGUCCCAGCGGAACUCGUGCGUCAGCAAACUCGGGGAGAAAAUCGUUGGGGAAAAGCUCGUCGUGACCCAUCGUCAACGUGCAGGGCCGAGUGUGAGCUUCGCACAGCUAUAGCUAUCCGGGCACGUACUCCAC